AUGUUAAUGAAAAACAUUACUCCUUUGAAAAAUUUCGAAGAAGGUUGUUUUUUUUUGUUAAAAUACAAUGAUUUUGUUAAAUAUAUAAAUAUUAAAUCUAUAAUUAAUUUUAUUUUAGGUCUGUAUGCUGGCUGGUUUGGGCCAAUUGGAAUAGGUGCCGUAUUUUACGCUGCACUUGCCAAACAAGAUGGCAGUGAAAAUGUCCAGAAACUUGUUACUCCGGAAGAUCAAGUUAUUAAAAUUGUUGACCAAUUAACUAUUAAAAGCGAAACUAGCAAAAGUGAAUCUAGCAACUUUGAUGAAACUAUUACGGUUAAAGAAACGGCAGAUAACAAAGUUGAUGUCAACUUAGAUGAAACUAUUACGGUUAAAGAAACAGCAGAUAACAAAGUUGAUGUCAACUUAGAUGAAACUAUUACGAUUAAAGAAACGACAGAUAACGAAGUUGAUGACACUUAUGACAUUAAAGAUACAGGAGAAAAUAAUUCAGCUAAAGCAGGUUUAGAACCUGAAGAGGUUUAUGAAGAAUUUGAGAAUGUCGUUAUCGAAGAAGAUGGAGAUCGCCAUGUUUAUGUUACUCCAAAUCCACCAUGA